CGUCUUGUUUAAUAAAGCGCGUAGCUUGCCGCCAGUUUUAGUGUUUAGUGAACAUUUUCUAUAGAAAUGUAUGAAUAGUGUCAUGACUUGUCAUGAAGCGCUGUAGUCAUGGACUGUCUACGCUACCUAAGAUAGUGUCUUGCAAGAAUGUUGGGCACGUGUCCUGUGGAGUCUGGAUCGUGUGAUUGAUGGCAGCUCUGGCAGUUUUCCGUCACGCCUGCAGCGGUCCUCUGCUCUGGGGCUGGGGAUCCGUUCUGUGCGGCCUGCUGGGGUCUGUAUUUGUUCUGCUGCUGCCUUUAGCAGGAAUAGAGGAGCAAUGCUGUGCCACACUGAAGGGUCUUGCUCUUCUGCGCUGCCAGCUGUGGGGGGGUGUGCAGCGGCCUGUGGUGCACACCACCAGCCUGACGGUCCCGUUCACUGCACUAGACCUCCUGCCACAGAAAGUCAAGCCCAGUAAAGAGACUCAGCUGGAGGCAAAGGCGGCUCUCCAGCAGGCUUUGGAGAUGAGGAAAAAUGGCAAGAGGGAGAAAGCUCAUAAGCUGCUCGUCCACGCGCUCAACAUGAACCCGGAGUUUGUGGAGGCGCUCACUGAAUUAGGAACCAUACUGGAGGAGGAAAAAGACAUUGUCCAAGCAGACCACCUGUACACCAAGGCCCUCGCCAUCUCGCCCUGCAACGAGAAGGCUCUGGUGAGCAGGGAUCGCACGCUCCCGUUAGUAGAGGAAAUAGAUCAGCGUCACUUUGGAAUCAUCGAUGGAAAGGUGCGACGUCUCAUGUCCAUACCCAAAGGCAACUCUGCUCUGCGCCGAGUCAUGGAGGAGACCUACUACCAUCAUAUUUACCACACCGUAGCUAUUGAAGGCAACACGCUCACGCUGUCCGAGAUUCGCCACAUUAUUGAGACCAGAUACGCCGUUCCAGGAAAGAGUCUUCAAGAACAGAACGAGGCAAUUGGCGUCGACGUGGCCAUGAAGUACAUCAACACCACACUUCUGUCCCGCACUGGAGCGAUCACUGUAAAUGACAUCCUAGAGAUACACCGACGGGUCCUAGGCUACGCUGAUCCCGUCGAAGCCGGCCGAUUACGUGCCAGCCAGGUGUUCGUGGGCCAUCACAUCCCACCGCAUCCGCGGGACUUGGACAAGCACAUGCAGGAGCUGGUGCAGUGGUUGAACUCGGAGGAAGCACUGCAUCUCCACCCGGUGGAGUUGGCAGCUCUCGCGCACUAUAAACUGGUUUACGUUCAUCCGUUCGUGGACGGGAACGGACGGACGUCUCGCCUGCUCAUGAAUUUAAUCCUAAUGCAAGCUAGUUAUCCGCCGAUCACCAUUCGGAAAGAGCAGAGGGUGGAGUAUUACACCGCCCUGGAUACUGCCAACGAGGGCGACGUAAGGCCCUUUAUUCGCUUUAUCGCGAAAUGCACUGAAAUUACACUUGAUACGCUACUGAUAGCCACAAGUGAGCAUGCAGUGGGGCUCCCCGGGGCUAGUCAUCACGCCUGUCCUGACUGUAAACACACCAUACCUGUGCAUAGCUGAUAGAUGUAUAUUGGUAAGUGGAAAAAGAUAGCAUGUGGCGUAAAUUGAAGUGCCAUAUCAGCCUCUGUACCGACCUUCUACUGCUAGCAUGGGACCUACAUGGAUAAACUGUUGAUCCAUUUCAAGUUUGUGCAUUUACUGUGUAGCUUUAUUCGUUACAAAUCCUUUCUUGACUAAUGUCCACAUUUUAGCCUCUACUUUGUUGGUUUUAAAUUUGAAAUGAAAGAAAAGCUCUUAUUCACUGAAUGAACAGUAUUAGGUCAGCUCUUCAGCAGCUACAUCCUUCUGCAUGUGAGUUAAUAAUAAUGUUGCAUAAAUGAACUGCUGUCUGCUGGGAACAAUAUUCAUACUCAUAUUUUUGUGGACUUUUUUUCUAGUCUCAAAAUGCAAGCUUGAGUUAAUCUCUUUUUAAGUUUGCUUGGAAAAAGGACAGGUCUGUUAAAUGUGAAAGAUUGCAGUUCUUUAGUGAUGUUUUUCAGAUGCUUUACUAGCUGAAGUGCAUUUUGUGAAUGGCUUGUUACAUUUGUCACUUACAAGCUGGCAGGUUACAGCAAAAAAAGAAGUUCAAAAAUUAAUGUCUGCCAAAGCCAGUUUGAGUAAUAGUUAACCUUUAACCUUAGAAUAUAAUCAGAUUUUUUUAUUUUGAGGUUCUUUAAAGUUUAGUUGAAAAUAACUUUUUUUUGAGAUGGUACUCAAGUCUAUUUUCAUAUGAAAAUGAUUGCUCCAGGAUUCUGAUGUAUGAUGCAAGGAAUAUUAUAAUUACCCACAGCUGUUCAAAAUGUUAAGGAAGAUGUAUUAUUGAUUGUAGGAAUAUUGUUGAAAAGUUGCAUUAAUAAUAAUGUUAGGAACUUUUAUUUUUACACUUUUUUACUGACGUCUUUUGAUUUUGAGUUUGCCAUUAUUUUCAAGCACUUUAAUCUAUUUAAACAUAGCUUUCAUUUAUUUACUACUCGUAAAAGCUAUUUUAUUGUGUGUAAUAAAUUAUUGUGCAACUUCUCAUUUCCUUGUAGUAUUUGGUGGAUUUGUCUUCUCAGCUUUUCACAUAGGAUAAUGGCACUGUUGUGAAACAUGGAAAAUGUCAGCUGUACCCUUGACAAAAGAUCAAAACAAAAAUAUGGCUAAAACAAAAUGAGAAAAUAUCACAAAUGAGCACGUCGUAUUUGACAACCACAUACAUUUAAUUGCUUCAUUAAACAAUUUAGGCUUUAAUAAAAAGGAAAAAUAAAACCGUAUGACUACACAAGUUGAGCAACACAGGAAAUACAACAGGAACAUUAUUAGAAAUAAUUAUAAGAGUGCCUAAAGAUGACACUGACUGGUAAAUAAAAAUGGCCAAUCUAUAAUCAAAUAAUUGAUACAAUAAACCAAAUUAAGAAAAGAAAGUGCACGAUUUACCACAUGUAUACCAUGUUUUCAUUAUUUUUAAUGUUGAACAAGACAUUGCAACAGCACGUUUUUUUAUUUUUUUCUCAAUCACUACUUUAGGCCACUGUGGUGAUCAAACACAAACAUAUAGAGCUACUUUUCUUUUUUUUAGUUCAAAAUAUACAAAUGCUUUACAAAACUAUGGCCAACCAUUGAGGGGUGUGAACGAGAAACAAACACAAUGAAAAGAACACGGGAGGGAACUGUCUAGUGUAUGACACUGCAGUUAAAAAAAUAGAUCAGCUUAACAUUUAAUAGUGGAUGAAAUACACAAGUCCAUCAUAGCCAUUAAAACCAGUAAAUAAUACUAAUAUCCAGGACAUUUUACAUGAUAUAUGUUGUCUGUAUAUACACACACAAUACAGUAUACGAUGGGUUCACAAUCAGGUGAACUCGUAGUGGAAGGUUCUAGCAAUAUACAGCUGCAUAGAUUCUUCAACUUCCGGGAAGGACCCAAUCGGUUCUAAAGCAGCAACUGUGCUCCUCAGCCAGCCCUCGACACAUCACUGCAAACGCAUGUGGAAUCUAAGGUUCUAGAUUAGCUAAAACUGGAGUUCUAGACGGAAGGUUGAAUUGAAUCUGGCUGCGGAGCACAAGCUUUAAUCUUCAGACCAUUAUUGAGCACACAAGGUAAGGCAGGUUUACAAGCUGUGUCAGCAAUUAAACAAGAUUCAAAGCACAGCGCUUGGAGAAAAUACAAAAUGCCUG